CCUCAAAUUAUCGAGAGAAAGUUAUGGGACAUUCUAGUGCUUCUUUUCCUUCCUUUCACUCCGCCGAAUAAAUCUUCAAAGACGGAGCUGCAGACGAAAACAAUCAUGUCGUGUCCCUUCGUGAGUCGCCUCUCGUCCGCAUUCGUUAGAAACUAUGCAACGAAUCUGGUGAAUAUGUAUCAACGACAAUGUCCUUUCUUGGCCCGGAACAUGGCAAGUGUCACCCCGAUUUCAUGCAGCCAACAAGUCAACUUGGAAUCGCCGUCAUCUUGUCCCGUUGACGUGGACAGUCGCUGCAGCCGUUGCCCGUUUCUGGCCGAGAACAGAUCCGCAAUCAAGUCCCUCUCGGCCGAAAGCAUCGAGUUCGCGGAGCCUCCGUCGAAAUGUAGAAAGCCGGAUUUCGGCUAUGAAACCCACUUCAAAUCGAUGAUCGCAAGGAAGAAGAUGGAUCACUCGUACCGAGUGUUCAAGAGAGUCAAUCGACUCGCCGCUGCUUUCCCUACGGCGACGGAACACAGCCCCGCUGAACCCAGCAAAUCCAUUACUGUUUGGUGCUCGAACGAUUAUCUAGGAAUGUCACGCCACCCGAAAGUCACAGAGGCUGUCAGGAGAGCCCUCGAGAAACAUGGAGCCGGCGCCGGAGGGACCCGGAACAUCUCUGGAAACUCCCUGAUGCACGAAAACCUCGAAUCGGACUUGGCCAAGCUCCAUCGGAAAGAGGCCGCGCUGCUGUUCACGUCGUGCUUCGUCGCAAACGAUACCACCUUGUUCACGCUGGGGAAACUCAUACCAGAUGUUCAUAUAUUCUCCGAUGCCGGCAAUCACGCGUCCAUGAUUCAUGGCAUCAGAAACUGUGGUGCGCCCAAGCACAUAUUUCGCCAUAACGACGUCGAGCAUUUGCGUGAGCUACUCCAGCAGGUUCCCAAAUCCACGCCCAAAAUUGUUGCGUUUGAAAGUGUACAUUCGAUGACGGGUGAUAUAUCGCCAAUGGAACAAAUCUGCGACGUCGCUCACGACUUCGGAGCGAUUACAUUCGUUGACGAAGUUCAUGCCGUGGGCUUGUACGGUCAGUACGGCGCCGGCAUCGGUGAGCAAAGGAGCAUACUGCACAAGAUGGACGUAGUUUCUGGGACGUUGGGUAAAGCCUUCGGGAACAUCGGGGGUUACGUCGCGUCGACGGCGAACUUCGUCGAUUUUAUUCGGUCUUAUGGGGCUGGAUUUAUAUUUACAACUUCGCUCCCUCCAACGGUUUUGUGUGGCGCGAGAGCUUCCAUCGCAGUGCUGGCUUCGGACGAAGGUCGGGCGCUCCGGGCCCGCCAUCAGCAAAUUGUUCGAUACUGCCGCUCGAGGUUGAGAACAGCCGGACUUCCUGCGCUCGAUUCUGAGUCGCAUAUAAUUCCCGUCCAUGUUGGAGACCCUGAGAAAUGCACGCGAAUCAGCAACGAACUCAUGAGAUUAGGACACUACGUUCAAGCAAUUAAUUACCCGACGGUCGCUCGUGGUGAGGAGCGACUUCGUUUGGCCCCGACGCCUUUCCACACCGAAUCGAUGGUCGACCGUUUUGUUGGCGAUUUGGGACGGGCUUGGAACCUAGCUGCUCUGGAGGCUUCGUAUAGUACGGCCGCCGAGAAAUGCCAAUAA